AUGCAGGUCAGGGUCAAGAAGAUCGCUUGCAUUGGUGCCGGCUAUGUCGGCGGACCGAGUGAGUGCUCAUCGCCUCUACUCUCUCGUGCCGGCCAUGCCCCCGGUUUCCGCGAUUCCUCCUGAAUCUCGGCCCACUCCGACUCGUGCCGAUGCGGUCAAAUAUUACUUCAAAGACGAUGAUUUGUCUCCCAGCACGACUCAGGACAGAAACGUCUCACAUCUAGACUCAUGUGUGACGAGAGACGGGCGAUCGAACUGCUUGUAGCGCGAGGAAGGACACGUUCCAUGUGAUUCGCCCCCAAAGCGAUUCAGCUUGGGCCCUCUUUGUACUGCGGGCUUUCUUGAAGCACUUCGAUGUUCCCAUCAACAACAGUCUACCGAUGCCGACAUGCCGAACUUGAUGUUUCUUCGGCUUUUGAUAUCGGCUUCGUUACGCUUCCCUCGUCGGACAACCCGAUGACGAGCUCGCGUUGCUGCGCGUGCUGCUGCUCCCUGCCCGACAAAAUAUCUUGGGAAGGAACAUAUUACAGUCUUACUGAUGCAGCUCGUUUGAACUACUAUCUUGAAUAGCCUGCUCGAUGAUUGCGGCCAAGUGCCCGCACAUCACCGUCACCAUCGUCGACGUCAACGCGGCACGCAUCGCCGCGUGGAACUCGGACAAGCUCCCCAUCUACGAGCCCGGACUCGAGGAGAUCGUCAAGGCGCACCGUGGCAAAAACUUGUUCUUCGACACCGACAUUGACAAGGCCAUCAUCGAGGCCGACCUCAUCUUUGUUUCCGUCAACACCCCGACCAAGAAGUCCGGUGUCGGUGCCGGUUACGCCGCGGAUCUUUUGCAAGUUGCUGCUGCUGCUAUCUUUUCUCGAGCGAAGGACUGGCGCGCUGACAUAAGCGAUCUAUUCCUUCACUCCUUAUGAAGCUACAUCGAAUUGUGCACUCGCCGCAUCGCAUCGGUCGCCACCUCGUCCAAAAUCGUUGUUGAAAAGUCGACCGUCCCGUGCCGAACUGCCUCGUCGAUGCGAACCAUCCUCGAGGCCAACUCGCGACCGGGGUGCCGCUUCGACAUUCUGUCCAACCCCGAGUUCCUGGCUGAGGGAACCGCCAUUGCCGACUUGUCCGCUCCCGAUCGUGUCCUCAUCGGUAGUCUUGGUACGCCCGAGGGUAAAGCCGCUCAGAAGGCCCUCGUGGAGGUCUACGCCAACUGGGUUCCUCGCGAGAGGGUCAUCACGACUGGUCUCUGGUCGUCCGAGCUCUCGAAAUUGGCUGCCAACGCCUUGCUCGCCCAGCGCAUCUCGUCGAUCAACGCCCUUUCGGCCAUCUGUGAGGCCACCGGUGCCGACGUCGAUGAGGUCGCCCACGCUGUUGGUCUCGAUCAACGUAUCGGCUCGCGUUUCCUCAAGGCUUCAGUCGGCUACGGUGGAUCGUGCUUCCAGAAGGAUAUCCUCAACUUGGUCUACCUGUCAGAAUCCCUGUAUUUGCCCGAAGUUGCCGACUACUGGCGACAGAUCCACACCAUGAACGAGUACCAGAAGAGGAGGUUCUCGAACCGAAUCGUAAAGUCGCUGUUUAGCACCGUCACCGCCAAGCCUUUGUGCUGCCUCGGCUUUGCUUUCAAGAAGGUUAGCCCGACCCUCAUUCUGAAUUUUUCAGAUAAUGAGCGCCACAUUUACUGAUACCGCUUCCUCUCGCUCAUCCAACAGGACACCGGAGACACGCGAGAAUCGCCCGCCGCGACCGUCUGCAAGCACUUGCUCGAAGAGCAAGCCAAGUUGACGAUCUACGACCCCAAGGUUCCCGAGGCUCAAAUCUGGCUCGACUUGACUCAGCCUGGUGUCCACGAUGACAAGGCCGCACGUGAGUGCCUUCUCGUACCGACUGUGAAUUGAAACCCUCCCUGACAACAUGACUACUCGCCUCUUGGCCAAUUCAGUCCAGAAGCAGGUCACUAUCUGCAACUCCGCAAUGGAGGCCGCGCUCGGCGCCGAGGGCAUUAUUGUCUGCACAGAAUGGGACGAGUUCAAGACGCUCGACUGGUCCGCCGUCUACGACAGCAUGAAGAAGCCCGCCUUCGUCUUCGAUGGCCGUGGGAUCCUCGACGCCGACCAGUUGCGUGCGAUCGGCUUCCAAGUCUUCGUCAUCGGCCGGGGUGAAUCCGAGUAG